AUGAAUGGAGCACCAGUUAAAAGACAGCGUCCCAACAAGUCGUGUACUAUUUGUCGCGAGAAGAAGACCAAAUGUGAUAGAGAGAAACCGAUUUGUGGAACGUGUAAGAAAAGAAAUCAGAGUGGACUUUGUCGAUAUGAAGGACCUGAGUGGACCAUAAAAGUUGGUGAUCAGAAUUUUGUCACUCCUGUGCAAUCCUCAGUUAAAAAGCCUCGCGUAAAGAAACACACUCAAGAACAAUUACCUUAUCAACGACAAUUUCAAGUUAACAAUGUCAGAAUCCCUCAAACAAGAACUGAGAGUGUCAAGUCUGAUGAUGCAAAAUACACAAAUAGAUUGAGGGUGGAAAGUUUGUUAAGUCCAAGCGCACCCCCAUCAACGUAUAGCGCCAGUGGUAAUUCUGAUCGUGCUGCUCAUUCUAUGGAUGGCGAUGAUGCUGAUGGUGACGAUAUCCUUGAUUUUUACAAAGAUAAUUAUGUGGAUCCUGGUGUAUUUGCAGACGGGACGUUGACUUGGGUCACGUUGUUGAAAAAGGAUAUCUAUAGUCGAGCAUUAGUUAUCUGUUUUAACAAGAAUGCAAUCUUGAAGAAAAUUAAAAACAGUCAAAUGGAUGAUCAUUAUUUCACUAAUAAGUUCAUGGCUGAAGAUGAUACUGACAGUGCAGUUCCUGAGUGUCCAGCUAAGACUUCAGAAAUCGCAGGGAAAAACUUCAUUGAAUCAUUGAGAGAUGAAUUGAAAGAUAAUAAACUUACAUGGUUAUUAAUAGAGAAGUUUUUUGAAUCAGAAUUAUACUGCAACUUACCAAUAUUGGAUAAAGAAGACUUCACUGAACAGAUAUCUAGAAUAAUACCACCUAGGGACUCAAAAUCCGGGGACAAUAAGCUGAACAUAACUGGGAAGUUUCAACUUGCUGCGUUAGGAAUUCUACUUAUGGUUAUGAGAUUUUCAUCUUUAUCUGUCUAUAAUGCUGGGAAACCAUUACCACAGCCAAUAUCUCCAAAUGAUCAAUACAUUGUGGAUCACCCCGUGACAAAAGAUGUGGUAACGUUAGCGAAAGCUUGCCUUGAAGAGCUUUCAGUAUUGAAACAAUCACACCUUGUUAUUUUCCAAUUGAGUUUACUACUUCAACAUUAUAAUUUUUUUGCCCCUGAGGAUUGCGAUUGUAUCACUGCUUCUACAAUCACAAAUAUGGGCCCUUUAUUACAUCAUGCUAUUUCAUCAGGUUUGAAUAGAGAUCCAACAGUAUCGAGACCAAAAUAUCCCAAACCAAAUUUACUAAGAAGACUGUGGUAUUUGCUGGAGUACAUGGAUUAUUACCAACUGAUGCUUGUUGGUUAUGCACCUAUUAUUAAUCAUUCUUUCCAUGACACUCAAAUACCAAUCUUGGAUCACAAUGAUUCUGCCUUACAAUAUGUCAUUAAUGAAGCUUUCCAUGAUAGAAGAAAGAUCCAUGAAGUUUGUCGACCAUUGCUGAUGCUGAUAUUGAAUGUUCGGGAGCCACCAAAGAUUAGAGAUGUUUUGAAUCAAAUGAAAGGUUUGGAGGAACACGUUGAAAAAAUACCCAAAUAUGAUGAAUUGUUAAGAAUGCCUUCAGAUACUGUUAUUCAUAGAUAUAAUAAGCUUAGAAUUCACAAUGGAACGGCAGAUUCAUGCGCAUUGUUAUUUAUGAUUUAUUAUAAUUUCUUUUUGCAUUAUAAUGAUAAAAGAAAUAGUGAAAAAUCAUUGUAUUAUAUGUUACAAUUGUUGAGGAUUUCCAAAUAUUUAUAUACAUCGGUUCAUUUUUUAAGGAAACCUGAUGAACAGAAUGAAAAGUUCAAUUUGAAUAAACAUUUCGGGAUAGGUAUUUUGGCAUUACCAAAGAUUGAGCUUUGCCUUCAUAAAAUUUCAGAAUUUAUGAUUGCAUUAUUGGGUAGAAUCAAAGUUCACAAGGCGUUACUAGGUCUUAACGUUGAUCAACAAAGACUUGAAUUACUUGACAAGAUUGGAAGAUUGACUUUCAAAAUUUGUUAUUUCAUUGUUGAUGCUUGCGCAAAUAUUUCAGAUACCUAUUAUCAUGCUUGGUCAAUAUCAAAGAUUCAAAGUUUCAUUAUUGAAAAAGUUUUCAUCAAUAGGGAGGGAAGAUUGGGUCCUCAUUCAUUAACUCAAAUCGAAGCUCAUUAUGUUGAAGUUGUUGAAGAGUUAAGAUCUCAAGAUGAUGGAUUCUUCCUUUAUUCUACUAAUGAUUUAAAACAGAUUCUUAAUGCCCUGGAACUGAUGGAUACUGAAUCCUUGGGGCAAACACCAAGUCCAGAAAGAUUGCUAACAGAUCUAAACAGUUAUAAAUCAAAGAAUGAUCAACUUUGGUUUGAUCAAAUGAUGUUUGAGAAUAGCUUCAAUGUUAAUGAAGGAGGAAACAAUUCAACAAAUUUCAACGGUUUCAGUAAUAAUAAUGGAAUUGGGAAUAAUACACCAGUCACAGCUAAUAAUGUUCCAAUGAAUGAAUUAGAUCUUCAAGAAAUUCCUGAUCUAUGGGAUCCAUUCAGAUCCAAUACCAUAUCAGACCUUGAACAGAUGUUUCAUUACACGAUCAAUGAUUAUUGAAC